AUUGCUCAUCAGUCGAAGCCUUUGGUCCAAGAUCAGGUGUCUGAAAAACUUGUCUGCUCCUUAGAAAUUUGAACUUUGGAUCAUAGAGAUUCGAAGGUCAGUCCAGCUAGAAAAAAAAUUAUAUGAAAGUUAAUUUUGAUUUAGUGGUUAUUCAUAUAAGUAUACCACACAUGAUUACGUUUUGGCACGGUGUUAAGUUAUCGUAUAUUACAAAUUAUAUCUAAUUAUAAAUAGCUGUUGAACAAAACACUAAUAGAUCUCUAAAUCUAGAUGCUAAUAAGUCAAUAGAUCAUCAAUGAUGACUAAUGAUUUCGUAAAUGUAAAAAAUGUGGUGUUGCAUUAUUUAUUUUGCUACCAUGUCUUAAUUGUUUUCGAAUUAAUGAUGACUAAUAAUUUCGUAAAUGUAAAAAAUGUACUAUUACAGUAUCAUUUAUUUAUACGACUAUUGUAUUUUGAACCCUUCAAACUAAACAAACUAGUGGAUCGUCGUCGACCAGCACAAAUCAAUUAAGUGAGGUUGGAUGAGUUUGGAAUGAUAGAAUGAGAAAAAUCUAACUUAUGGAAACAUGAAACAUAAAGAGAUAGAAAACGACACUACAAUUGGAAUUAGAAAUGCUAAGAUGGGCAAUGGAGAGUAUGUUAUAGCAUUCUAACUGUUACAGAUUUGAGACAGAUUGCAAAAACCUAAUUAUAAUGGUAAAUGAACCACAAGCUUGACCAAAAUUUUCAACUGAGCUUGAAAUCAUCAGAAUUCUCAAGAUGUAUUUUCUGGACUUCAAGAUCAGUUACUUUCCCAUAGCCAGAAAAAAACUAAACAAAUUAGUUUUUUAUUUUUAUAGUAGAGCCCGGAAAUUCUGGAUAAUAAUGCGAAAACGUAAAAAAAGAAGUUAGAUGCUACCGUUACAUUUUUUUUUGGGUGCACCAGAUGCUACCGUUACCUAAAAGGGUUAAUGCCUUAAUGGUGUGAUUUUACAACAGCUGUUUUAUGUUUUUAUUAAAAAUAAAUAUAUUUUUUUGUUCAACACUAAAAAAAAAAAGUAAUAAAAAAGAGAGAGAAGAGAUUGAUAUAUAAAAAGGAGAAGGGGUGAAGUUGGAAGCAUAUAGUUACUUAACUUCAUUCCUUCUUCUGCUCAGAUCAAAGAAAGUCUUUCUCCUUCUUUUCAUAACCCACACUCUCUGUCUCUCUCCUCUGCCCUUUUCUUCUUAUGCUUUGUUUCUUGAAUUCACAGAAAGACAGACAGAGAUUUCUUUAAAAAAAAAAAAGAAAAAGAAGAACAAGUGAGAACUAAAGGACCCAAUCAGUUUUGGUCUUUGUUUGCUUCUGAUUCUGAAAGAGAAAACAUCUUGAGGCAAAAAUGUCGGCGGGAAUGAGGCACGGAGAAGAGGCGAUAGUCCCAAGCGGAAAUGACAACGAAGGAGUUCAGGUAAACGGAAACAACACCGGAAAAAUCGACGAGCACGACGGCUCCGACGGUUCUAAACUAAGCAGUUUCCUCUGGCACGGUGGCUCCGUCUGGGACGCUUGGUUCAGCUGCGCAUCUAACCAGGUGGCGCAAGUGCUUUUGACGCUGCCGUACUCGUUCAGUCAACUAGGAAUGUUAUCAGGAAUAGUACUUCAGAUCUUCUAUGGUUUACUCGGAAGCUGGACUGCUUACCUCAUCAGUGUUCUCUACGUUGAGUAUCGAGCUCGUAAGGAGAAAGAAGGCAAAAACUUUAAGAACCACGUUAUUCAGUGGUUCGAAGUGCUUGAUGGAUUACUCGGGACAUACUGGAAAGCACUAGGGCUCGCAUUUAACUGCACUUUCCUCUUGUUCGGAUCUGUAAUCCAACUCAUUGCUUGUGCCAGUAACAUUUAUUACAUAAACGAUCACUUGGACAAGAGAACAUGGACUUACAUAUUCGGUGCAUGUUGUGCAACCACUGUUUUUAUACCGUCGUUCCAUAAUUACCGGAUUUGGUCAUUUCUCGGCUUGGGUAUGACCACUUACACCGCAUGGUACUUGGCCAUCGCCUCCAUUAUCCACGGGCAGACGGAAGGUGUGAAACACUCAGGUCCAACGAAGCUAGUGCUUUAUUUCACCGGAGCUACCAAUAUACUGUAUACCUUUGGUGGUCACGCGGUUACUGUUGAGAUAAUGCAUGCAAUGUGGAAGCCACAGAAGUUUAAGUACAUUUACUUAAUGGCGACGUUAUAUGUUUUCACAUUAACGAUACCGUCAGCUUCCGCCGUUUACUGGGCCUUCGGAGACGAACUUCUCGACCAUUCCAACGCAUUUUCUCUUCUCCCCAAGAACGGGUGGCGUGAUACCGCCGUUAUCCUCAUGCUCAUUCACCAGUUUAUAACGUUCGGAUUUGCGUGUACCCCGCUUUACUUUGUGUGGGAGAAAGUGAUAGGGAUGCAUGACACAAAGAGCAUUUGCUUGAGGGCUUUAGCUCGUUUGCCUGUGGUUAUACCUAUAUGGUUCCUAGCUAUUAUUUUCCCAUUUUUCGGUCCGAUCAAUUCCGCGGUGGGUGCUCUUCUGGUUAGCUUCACCGUCUAUAUCAUCCCGUCCCUUGCUCACAUGCUCACUUACCGAUCUGCCUGCGCUCGCCAGAAUGCGGCGGAGAAGCCGCCGUUCUUCUUGCCGAGCUGGGCGGCGAUGUACGUGUUGAACGCUUUCGUGGUUAUUUGGGUUCUAAUAGUUGGAUUCGGGUUCGGUGGAUGGGCAAGUGUUACCAACUUUGUUCGUCAAGUCGACACUUUUGGUCUCUUUGCUAAAUGUUACCAAUGUAAACCACCGGUUCCAGCUGCAGCCGCCGCGCACGCUCCUGUUUCCGCUUUACACCACCGCCUUUGAGAGACCUAGCCUGCAUUGUUUAGUGCUUUCGUGGAGUUUAUUUGUUCGUCUUUUGCGUUUUGUAUUCUAUACGUGAGGGAGUAAAAGUCACGAAAAUAGUGUACCUUUUACAGAUCCCCUUUGAAUGCGUGUUAAGCUCUUAAUGUUUUUUUUGGGGGGGGGGGUUUGUAAUUUUUUGUUCACUCCUUAGGUCGAUAAUAUCGUAGCGUGUGAUUGGUAUUAUUAAAACAAUAGGUUAACUAAAUGUAUAUGUGUUCUCUUCUUUUACCUGGCUUGUAGUAACAUAAUCCUUAUGAGCA